CCUUGUGGGACAAUCUCACUCUCAGUCCCCGUGUCCCGGAGUUGGAGCUCAGGCCGGCUAGCCGAGAUGCCUUCCCUGGACCUGGUGAUGGAGAACGGCCAGGUGCUCCCGGCCUUUCUGCUCUGCAGCACACUACUGGUCAUCAAGAUGUACGCGGUGGCUGUCAUCACAGGCCACACCAGGCUGCGGAAGAAGGCUUUUGCUAACCCCGAGGAUGCCCUGAAACGUGGAGGCCUCCAGUAUUACAGGAGUGACCCAGAUGUGGAGCGCUGCCUCAGGGCCCACCGCAACGACAUGGAGACAAUUUACCCCUUCCUGUUUCUCGGCUUCGUCUACUCGUUUCUGGGACCCAACCCUCUGAUCGCCUGGAUACAUUUCCUCGUUGUCCUCACAGCCCGUGUGGUACACACCGUGGCCUACCUGGGCAAGCUAAACCCACGGCUUCGCUCCGGGGCCUACGUCCUGGCCCAGCUCGCCUGUUUCUCCAUGGCCCUGCAGAUCCUCUGGGAAGUGAUACACCAUCUGUGACCAGCAGUUGAAGCCUCCUCAGAUACCACAGUGGGGACGGAGCCUCAGGGACACCUGAGGACUUGGUGUCCCUUCUAGAAUAUGGGUGGGCUCAGGUCUUGGGUUCCCGGCUAACCUAUGUGUUUGGAUCUCUGGGCCCAAUGUGCAUGUGUGUGUUUCUCAGGCUUUCGGGAUCCUGGGUAGUGUCCGAUUAGAACCACUUACAGAUGAUCUGUCGAGAUUGACAGAACAUCCUUCACCUCACGAGAUGCCUUAAGCAUUACACUCCCUCUUACCCAUAAAACAGAAAGGACAGAGGAUUGUCUAACAGAGCCCUCACGCCAUAUAGGGCUAAAAAUGAAGGCUUCUCAGACCUACCUACAAUUCUGGCCCAGCCCGAGGAGAGACACCUGGCUGGUAUGUGUCCCAGGAUAUCCUCACAAGAGGCCCAGCAGUGGCCAGCUCCCUGGAGAGGUAGGGUGCUUGCUAUUUUUUCAGAGGUGGGCAGGUCAGCGCUUCCUGUCCCCUGUUGAUACCUCCCUGUCAUUUGAGUGCCUUAGGUAGCACGGGCUCAGGAUUGUGAGAAUGUUCAGAGCCUAGCCUGCUUGUGCACGGCCUUGGCUCCUCCAAAGACUGAGAGGAUGGGCUUUGACCAAUUGCUAAAAGAGAACUUUGGGCUUCUUCAGCAUCUGUGAGGUUUGAAGAUGCCAAAUGUCUACUCCUGUGGAAAGUCUCACUUGUGUGUGCGUGCAUGCGGAGUCCCUCCAGAGCCCUCCUGAGACCUGUUCAGGUUUAGUCAUUAAAUAGCAGAGUGUGGCCUGUGA